UCACAUUCACUUCAGACGCCAUUUUGGAAAUAUUUGGUGCCUCCGAACGCAAAAUGGAAGAUGACUUAAAUGAGGAGAAGCUUGGGAGUUAUGAUGGAGGAACGGUGACCCUGAGCCUGGAUGAUGCCACACAACUUAUCCUCCAGCAGCAGGGACUGCAGGGAGGGGCCCUUCCCCCGGGGACCUACCAAAUCCUGACCCAAGACGGAAUACAGAUUACUGAUAACUCGCUGACCAUCACUGAUGAAAAUUUGGCGCAGAUAUUGGGUGUCCAGAAAUCAGAGGAUUUUGGGGAUCAUGCUCCUGCAGAUAAUGUAGGGGAGAUUACUGGAGAUGAGGUAUUGAACACUCCAUCAAAUGAUGCACAGGCAGGAUCAGGGGAAAUAACUCAGGGUCCCGGAGGAAAACUGGGGAUAACCAGUGCAGUAGUGGAUUCGGGAGGGGCAGCACCUAAUGGAGAGGGAGGGAUUGAGGCAACAGAACCACCCAAGGAAGAACCAACUGACCAACAGGUGGAUCAACCCAUAGUUACUUGGGAAAAUGCUGAAGAAACUGAAGAAGAAGAAGAAGAGGAUAAAAUGAUGGAAAAAUCUACCACAUUCUUAUCUGAUAAUGCGAAGAAAGCAACAGACACUAAUGACAACUCCGGAAAUUCCACUGUUCCUUUGGAACAAAACAUGUCUUCCACUCAACCAAUUAAAGAUGUUCAUGUGAUCAUAGAGCAGGAAGCCCCGCCCAUGACAAACACCGCAAACACUGGGGCCUCGCUUGAUCUCUCCAAACCGAUAGAAGUGACCAAUGAGACUAUUGUUAUCAUUGACGGCAAGAAAUGUGUUCUAUCAGCUAACCCGGACACAGGACAGCUGUGUGCCUACCCUGUUGUGACCCCAGAAGUAAAAAGAAAACGUGGAAGACCUCCAAAUUCAGCUCGUAAAAACCAGAUUAUAGAACCCUCACCAAAGAGACCCAAAAAGAAAGACCCAGUACUAAUAGAGACAUACAUAGAGCAAACGAAUGCAGCGGAGGGUCUACUGGAGCUGUCCAAUACAGGUCCAGAUGGAGUUAGGAGAAGUGGCCGAAACAGAAAGAAAGCCAAACUUUUGGAUGACUAUGAAGUGACAGAAAUAACCAGUGAUGAUGAGGCAGAACCGGGCCAGGAUGAGCCAGCUGAUGAUGCCGAGUUCUCCCUACCAGGGGUCAGAAAGGUCAAGGCCGAGCCUGCUGAGGUCAGCCCAGUGACCUUGACAACUAUGACCCCAAGGAACUUAUUCACACCUACAGGGCCUGUCAAGAGAGCAAGGGGUAGACCCAGGAGAUACCCUCCCCCCGGGCAAUCUAAUCUCCCCACCCAGAUCCCAGCAGUCAUCAUCCCGGGAUCCAAUGGACCAACCAUAAUGAUGGCCCCUGUACAGGGAAUUUCAAACAUGAAUGCCUUGGCAGAGCAAAUAAAGAACCUGCCUUCCAUUGUCACCACCAAAGUGGUGUCUCCUCUGGCUCCCAAACCUGCCACCAAUGUGCCUAUAGCUGUCAGGGUGGUGGGUGGUGGGACUCAGAGUUCUAGUGUCUCUACCACCACUACUACCAACAUAAUACAAACCUCAGGGGUGGGGCAGGUGCCCUCCAGCUUAUCAGUGGACACAAGUGUGGGGUCUAGUAUGUCUACCAGUACAGUGAGGGUGGGGCUUUCAGGCAUGGUCACCUCUCAGGCCUCGUCCAAUGCAGACACCCUGUCCAUCAGUCAGUCUGUGUCAGACAGUGUGCCCUCAGAGACACUGCCCGCCAUAACUAUGGAGUCAGACGAGAUUGACACAAAAGAACAGAUCCCUCUGUUGCCCUCUGAAGGAGAGGAGAAUUUGAAUAUCGGUGAGGCAUCAGGCUCCACUGAAGAGGAAAAGCCUGAGCAGCCAUCGGAGGAAGAUGGGAUAGCAAAAGGGAAUUUGAUUAAGCCUGCAGAUGACCCAGAUCAGCAGACAAUCAUCAGAAUUCCAGAGAAUCUUCUUCCGUUGUUUAUGCCAAAGAAGGAUCCAGUCAAGUUGGGUUUGAAGCUCAAAUUUAAUGACCAGGAACUACAGAAUAUGAAGUGUCCCAAAUGUGACUUUCAAGCCUUCUACCCCCAACAGUACCAGAGUCACAUCGCCACCCACCCAGAGGAAAUACAAAAGUGCAAGUGCUGCAACUUUGUCUCUUUUGAAGCAGAGAGCCUUUUGGCUCACUUCAAGGAGAACCACCCCAGAUGUAUUUGCAACAUUUGUGAUUUUAUGGCAGAGCAUGCUUACAUUAUCAAAAGACACAUGAUGAGGCACAAUAUGGAGGGCUGCACUUGUCACAUGUGUGGGAAAGUAUACAAGGACCAGUAUAUCUUGAAGAUGCAUGUCAAAAUGGUCCAUAUGCCUGCAGAGGUAUUGUUUGAAUGUACUGUCUGUUCCAAGAAGUUCACACGGAAAGCUCAUCUGAAGCGCCAUCUACGGAUCCAUGAGCCAGAAAAACCAUACAAAUGUCCACAUUGCGACUAUCGGGGUUGUGAAAAAUCUGAUAUAUCAAAGCACAUUCUGAUCCAUGAAGAGCCGAAGCAUGUCUGUGAUGUGUGUGGUAAGGCCUUCCGUCACAUCAAGAACAAGGAGCUCCACCUCAAAAGACACAAUGGGCAGAAGGACUACAAGUGUGGGGUCUGUGAGUUCUACGGCUAUACCUUCACCGACAUCAGGAAGCACAUCGAGAGGAAGCAUUCCGACGUCAAGACCCAUGUCUGCGAGAAGUGCGGAACCAUCUUCAAGUCCGAGACUGCACUCAAGGAACAUACUAAAAGUGGUUGCGAGAUAUUCAUGAUUGAGCAGGCUUUAGCGAUUGCCACAUCGACAGGGGGAACCAGUCAGGCGACCAUACAGAUUCCAUCCAACUCGCUGUCUGUAGACAAUGAGUUCAUCUCCAAGCAGGCCAGCUCUGGGGCAGUCAACAUCAGUGUAGAACAGGUGUCCCUCGGAGAGACAAUCACGCUGUCAGAGGAACACAUCCAGGCUGGACUCAGGGAUGGCACCCUCAGCAUCCCCGACUCACAGGUCAUAGAAAGCGGGUCACUAGAUGAAGGUCAGGUCGAGGUCAUCUCCCAUGGUCACAUCAUCGAGGAGGGUCAGGUGAUUGAGUCAGGUGAUGGAGUGAUGUCAGAGGAGGAAGAGGAGGAGGAGAAUGAAGAGGAUGUAGAACAGGAGGAGAUGAUUGCCAUGGAGCACCUGUCUGACUCAGUGGUGGAAGAGAACCUGUCAGUGGGGGAAGACCUUAACAUGCAGAUCACUUGAUCAUCCAGUUAGUGUUGAGGUGGAAGAAAAUGUGGAAUCUUUCAGGGGAAGGCUGUAAUGUGAUAGUGACUGUGCAAUCAAGGCCAUGGAAGGCUUGUCAGAUCCUUUGGUGGAAGAAGUCUUUGAAUGUGAUAGAACUGGGAAAAGAACAGUUAGAUGUGAGAGUACAUGUCAUGGAUGGCUUGUAGAAGACAAACUCUCAAAAGGGGGAGACACUGCAUGCAGUUGCUUGAUGGAUCAUCUCAGGGCAUUGAAAAAUCAAACUUCACUUCCUGUAAGAGCAGGUCUUUGUUAGCAAAGACUUGAUGAUUGUCUUGAAAACCAGUCCAGCUUAUGAUAUUAAAAAAAAGAUGGAAAAGGUUUAUGAUGCAAAUGAUAAGAUUUUUGGCACCAUGGCUGUAGAGGAAGUUGCCUUAGAUAAACUGAGGAAUGGACGGCCAGUCAUUGGGGUCUUGGUGAAGAAUGAUAAUGAGAAAUAGUUUUGACUAAGAAGGUAGGACUGUAUAGAAGAGCAAGACUGGCAUUUUAUAUGUCUGUUCUUAAGUCAGAAGUAUGGUUGUAAGGAGAUAAUGUGAUAGGUGCUCCCAUAUACUUUGUGUCCUUUUAAUUAUUGUUAAAUAAAGUGCAGUUUAACCAUAUAUUUCCUGGUUAACAAGUCUUUUAAAGUAAGAUCCAAAGUCUUUAAAAAUGUUGCCCUUUGGAUGUUUUCUUGCUCUGUAUCAAACUAGUACAUGAAGACAAGUUCCAUAAAAUGUGUUUCAUUCAUGUUUUGAAAUCAGUAUAUACAUAACACAAAUAUUGUCAAAGAGUACACCCUUUUAAGAAAAUAUUUUAAAAUUCUGGAUGACACUGUUGAUAUAAAGAAUAUCUGUAAGUGUGCUUCAAAGGAAAUUGAAAUGAUAAGACAGGCUCAUGGACAUUAUUUAUUGGUUAACAAAUUAAAACUUACAAUUAAGGCAUGAUUUGAUGUGGAGAGAAUGCUUUAAUUAGCUUUUAUUACUGCGUUGUGGCUAUAUCACCUGUCCUGGUUUGUAGGAACCUGUUCCUAUGGUAUUGCUUUUGUAUGUCUGUGAUAUGUAAUUUAGACCUUUAUUUUGUCAAAGACAAAUUAUCUAAAAUUGCUCAUAAUCUUGUAAGGCAUGAAUUUAUAGACAUUUAUAAGACUGUUGUAUGUGUAUUUUUGGUAUUUUUUACAUCCAUAUUGAU